UCUGUUCCCAGUUAUUGCAAAGAAAAUGUUCUUCAGUCUGCUUUGGCUCUCAGUUGUGCUCUGCAGAAUCUAUACAGCAGAUGGAAAUUCUGUGAGAGAGGCUAAAAUUUUUCCUCUGUCACCUGAAAUCGAAAGAGGGUCAACUUUAAAACUCUUUUGCACUCUGGGAAAACAUCUCAUUCCUCGCGGAAAUGCAAGUCACAUCAUCUGGAAGUUGAAUCAUGAUUUGAUUCCACAGGAAUACUAUACCAUUAUUAAUGAGAGUACAUCUGGUGUAACCAUCCAUAACUUCACUUAUGAAAGUGCACAUGUGAGAUGCUUCACUAAGAUGCUUCAUUUGGGUGAUGAACAACUUCAGAUUCACAUCAAUGUUAAAUCUGGCUUUUCACCUGAGAAACCAAAAAAUAUUUCCUGCAUUUACUAUUAUGAUAUAAACAUUACUUGCAGCUGGAUUUCAGGAAGAGAAACGCAUCUGAAUACGACAUAUACUCUUGUACGAAAACAUUAUGAUGAUGGUAUUCAACAAUGGAUCAAUAGAGACAGCUGCCAAAGCAACAAUGGAUCAUGUGCCUUCUUUUUCCCUGACAUUCCAUAUGCUAGAUAUUGUUUUCAGGUGACAGCAAAAAAUGCUUUGAGUAAUUCUACAACGGAAUGUGUUCCCAUGGAAAUGUUGGAAAUAGAGAAACUUGAGGCUCCUGACAUAAUUUCAGUUGAAAAAAUUGCUGGUAUAAAGCAGUUGCUAAACAUAACUUGGAAAAACCCUAUGGUAGCUCCUGAACGACAUUUAUGUUGCCUUAUUCAAUACAGAAAAAUGCAUUCAAACGAUUCGGGAAAUGUUACUGACUGCACAAACCGUACUGAGACCAUAAAAUCAUAUAAUCUAAUGGGCCUACAGGAUUUUACUGAGUAUGCUAUUGCCAUUCAAUGUAAAGGUGCAUUAGCAAAAUUCUGGAGUGAAUGGAGUGAAGAGAGAAUAGGAAGAACAGAAGAAAAAGCUCCUUCAAGAAAAGUAGAUUUGUGGAGAGUAAUUGAAUCUUCCCAGUCAUCUGGAAAUAGAUAUGUGCAUCUUAUGUGGAAGUUAUUGGAAGAAUUUCCAUCUUCUGAGAGUAUUCAUGGCUACAAAAUAUGGUAUAUUCCAGAAAACAAUGCAAGCCCCGCUGGGCCUACACACAAUACUACUGAUAAAAAGUUUACGCUUCUUUUACCCGGGGAAGCAUAUGUGUUAUCUGUUAUUGCCUAUAACUCGGCUGGAGAAUCUCCUGAGGCUACUUUGAGAAUUCCCACCAUUGGUGAAAUAACUUCCACGCAUAUAGAUUCGGUGUGGACCUUUACCUUAAGAAAAAAAAUGAUUGUGACAUGGGAAGCAUCGUCAGUAAAUGAAUAUGUUAUUGAAUGGUACAAGGAGUGGGAUACUGAGCCCUUUAAUAGAUCAUGGCAAUAUGUAUCAAAUACUACAAACUGGACAUCUCAAGAGGGAGCCUUUGAAUCAUUCAUAUGCUACAAUAUCUCAGUGUAUCCUCUCUUUGAGAAUAAAAUAGGAGCUCCAUAUUCUGUACAAGCUUAUUUUCAAGAAAAACCUCCCACUGUUGGUCCUGAAACUAAAGCAGACAAUCCAGGCAAAAAUGAGGCUAUAAUAAAAUGGAAUGAGAUUGAUAAAAUACACAAAAAUGGCUUUAUUAGAAACUAUACAAUAUUUUAUAAAUCUGAAGGUGGAAAAGAAUUAAAUAAAACUGUGAACUGUAAUGUUCUGCAGUACAAACUGAGCUCCCUGGAAGCAAACACGCAAUAUACUGCUUAUGUGAAUGCAGCCAACAGUGCUGGUGGAAAAAAUGGAAACACCGUAACUUUCAAAACUUCAAAAUUUAAUAAGGAAGACCUACUUUAUAUAUUUAUAUCACUUGGAUUAUGUAUGCUGUUCUUACUGUUGCUGGGAAUAAUAUGUACUCUAAAAAAACAAACGUUGAAAAGGGUUUGUUGGCCUGAUGUACCAAAUCCUGCAGAGAGCAUUGUGGUAGGGUCGGAGGAUGUAUUUAUGUGUAAUUCAUUGCUGAAGCAAGGACAGUCUGAGGAUGGAACAGUAGGCUCCGAAAACAUCAGUGUUUUGGAGCCAGGCAUGCCUCAUGAAAAUCAAACUGAAUUAUUACUAAUUAAACAUGAAAAUUAUGAAUCUGACCAUACAGAUACUUGUGCAAAGGAUGUGCCAAAUGAUCACAAAAAGGAAUUGUGUAAUAAAGAACAUGAAGUUGUAAAAUCGUUCUCACCAUCACUGCCAUACAUAGUUACUGAACAAGACUUCAGGAGUCAAAUGCUUUCAGCUGUGAAACCUAACAGGAAAAUUUACCCUGUAGAAAAAUUGGAAGAGGAUUUUUCCAAGCCCCAGUUCUCUCCUGUCCAAAAUUCAAGUUCCAAAGACAAUGAAAAUGAAGAUGGAGAAUGCACAGAUAUCAAAGAAGCUGCUACAUUCAACCCAUACCUGAAAAAUUCUAUUAAUACAAGGGAAUUUAUUGUUCCUGAAAACUUGCCAGACCGUAACAAGAAUGAAUCCAGAACUCAAUCAACAGCCCCUUUUCAAAAAAACACUGCAGGACAGUCAUAUGUGACACUGGAUAUGUUUGGGCUGACCAUAGCUCAUUAGUACAUUCUUGGACCUAGAAAUGUUAUUUUUGAAAGUCAUCGUGAGAUGAUGCUGUGCUGCCCAGCUGAUCUGCUUUCUCUUGGGAUUAUUGUCUUCUACACAUACAUGCAUUGAAACUCAGUUGGUAUCACUUAAUCUAGCCAAAGACUCCCAGUUUGUUUGAAUGACUAUGAAACAAUUUUUACACCUGAUUUUCUAGUCAGGCUUGAAAAGACUGUUUUCUUUAAGGCAUGGUCAUAAAAAAUUCAAACCAGUUGUGAGACAGUGCAGUCUCAUUUUUUUCCACUUAAUUCCUCUUAAUCUUCUCCUUUUGGCUUAUCAAAACUAUCUGAUCAAGCCAACCAGCUGUGUAAAUAAAACACUGAUUUCGCUCCAGACUGUUCCUUUCCACGGCUGACCAAUGGGCAGUGUAUGCUUGCUCAACGAUUGAAAACACUUCCUUUCCUCUUAAAGCUAGAAGGAGUGGGGCUACUUUCCCUUUCUUCCUUCCCUCAAUUGUUUUAUUUUAAGUUUACCCGUAGUGUGCCUGCUGUUUGGUGGAGUAGCUUUGAUCUCUCUGUGUCGCAUCCUGAUACCUGAAUCAUCUAUUUUUUAAUGUUACCUUUCCUGUCUGUGUUCAAGGACUUCUGAUUUGUUGUCAUAGAUUUCAUCAGUUUGGGAGAAACAGGGGCCCAUUCCAGUUUCCUUUUUCUGUUUUAUUUUGUGUUUUACUCUGUUUAUCCCAUCUCCUUAUUUUCCACUCACUGGCACUUCAUUUAUUUCAUUGUACUUCUCACCCCUUUGUGCAUCUUUUUUUCCUGACUGUUCAGUUGCUUCUCCUUACUGCUGCAUUGAUGUGUGGGACUGAAAUGGCAUAGCUGAAUAUAGCACCUUACAUAGAAAAGAGCACUGAAUCUUUAUUUAAGGCUGUACCUCUCCUGUAACCAAUGGAAUAUGCUACAUAUACAUAAGUAUCUAAAGCUGCUCCUCAGUAUCUGAUGUAAGACUGAAGACCUUUGCAUUAAGCAUAGAAAUUCUUCCUGUUAAGAACCAGAAAGCAUAUUUGAAAAUCUAAGAAACCUUUUUUGAAUGUCAUCUCAGGAAAUGUCCAGGCAUCUAGGAAUUGGUUCUUGGCUCAAUUUUUAACCUAUUUAACUUUAAUAGUGCUGGUAGCACUGCUCCUAAUUUAUGUUGGUGUAAGUGAAAUCAGAAUCAGUUCCUUAGAGAAAUCUCUAAAUUAGAGGUGAAACUGCUUGUAUUUUAGUUGUUGGAUAUUGAGAUAAGGACACUAAGUGGGUACCUCAAUACAUUUUAAAUUCUGUUGGUUCCUACGAUUUGUCUUCCUACUCUCCCACCUUCCUGCUCUUUGAGCUGAUUAUGAGUGCACUUGGUUGUCCAAUUUAUCAUAGUCCAGAUUAGGAGGAUUGGUUGUGAUUGACUGGGUAUCUAUAGCACACAGGAGGGAGAUAGUGACAAGUAACGUGAAGUUUUAUCAACUCGGCUGCAUUCAACCUCCAGAUCUUGGGUUGAGUAGAUUUACUGCCACCCAGGCACAACACAAAGCCUGUCUGCCUUUCGAGACUUUCCCUGAGUAGGUUACUUGAGUGAGGAGUUUGAUGAAUGAGAACAUUUUUGAUGGUUUGCAAAUGCUCUCUCUGGUGAUGAUGAUGUGUCUAUUUUUUUUAUUCUGCUUUCCUGCAUCUUUGCCUAAUGAUUUCAAUGUUUUUAACAAAUCAAAAUCGACUAACCAACCAACCAACCUGUUAUGCAUGAAAGAUGGAAGAAGGAAACCCUUAUGUUUUCACCAGUGGUAUAUUAAUAUGCUAAAAAAGUGCCCUCAAGUUGACUGAUUUUUUGCUGGCCUAAAGAGCAGAAUAAAGAAGUAAGUUAGAUCAAAUUCCAUGUUGCUUUCUAUAUUUUUACAGAACUCAGCCAGUGUGUCUACAUGUUCAUUAAUGCGCCAUAGUUACAGCGCAUUAAGUUUAGUUUUUGGUUAACCAAGUACUAAAUCAGUGCAUAGUAACUUGCUCUACUGCAUGGGUUUUUAGUGACACUUACUGCGCACUAGCCUAAUACUACUGCGCAGUAGUGUAUUAACACAGUUUGUGCCUGGCAAGCUACUGUGCAGUGUUAUUAAACUAUUGCGCAGCUAGCAUCUCAUGUAGAUGUGCCCAGUGAGUAAUGUUGGAAGCUAAAGUUACAGGUGGUAAAGUCCCCCUCCUCUGAUUGGGGAGCCAGAAAAUAAACAGUGAGGUAUCUCACCACUAAUUAUUUUCAAGAUAACAUUUACAAUAUUUAAAAAUGUAUAAAGUUGUAUUGUUUGGGUACCGUACUUCAAGAAAGACGUGAACCAAAUGGUAAGAGUCCAGAGGAGGGCAACAGAAAUGAUGAGAGGUCUGGUAAACAUGACCAGCAUGGAAAGAAGAUUAAAAGAACUGGGUUUAUUUAGUCUAGGGAAGAAAAGACUGAGGGGUGACAUGGUAACAGUCUUUAAGUGCGUACAAGGUUACUGUAAAAAGCAAACUGUUUUCCCUGUCCCCUGGGAAUAGGAAAAAAAAAUUAUCUUAAAUUACAGCAGUGGUGAGUUAAGUUAGACGUAAGGGGGGAAAAAACCCUUACCUAUAAGGAUGAUUAAGCCCUGGAGGAUUAUGGUGUAUCCAUCACCUGUGGUUUUAAAGAACAAAUUAAACAAACAACUGUCAGAAAUGGUUAUAACUGAUCCUACCAUGUGGAAAAGGAUAAGCUCUCAAAGGCCUUCCCAACCCUAUUGCUAUGAUUCUCUUCAAUUCUUAUCCUAAUAGAAUAAGAAACAUGUACUAUUUAAAGAUGACUAAUUGGCUUCCAGGGGCUGGUCAUGGGCUAUAAAGUGGUUAAUUCUGAAAUUAGUGAUUUGAAUAUAGCCCACAUAGGCAUCAACCAGAAGUUUUCAUGAUGCAAUAACAGUUGGGAAACAGAUGUAAACGAAUAUCUCUCUUGCUGUCUAUCAGCUUGCAUUAAUAGGCAUUCUUGGUUUAGGAACUGAAUGUGCAUGGAAAUUCAGCUCAAAACUUUUGAGGCUGCUUUUUUGAGUUUGUGAGAGGUCUUCACUGCCUGUCCAGCACAUUCAUUAGCAUUAGCAUUUACUACUUUAAAAAAAUUCCAGCAAAGACCAAAUUGUCCUGAACAGGAGUUUCUUAAGUUUUUUCAUUAGGCCUCUUUACACAUGACACUUAAGGUGUGAUUAACUAGAUAAUUAUGCCUUAAGCUGUGACCCAGCUACACAUUCAACCAGUUAAUGGCAUGAUUCACACACAGAUAAAACAAGCAAUAAACUACAAAGUUAUUCUCCAAAAAAUAUUUAAUAACUUUUUAUAGCUUGUUCUAUUCAUGCCAUUAAUUGAAUAUGUGGCUGAGUGCUUCCUUGUGGCUGGGAGCCCCACUAACUGGGGGGCUCCCAGCCACAGGGGAGAACCACCCAAGUGCCAGCCUUGCAGCUGACAAGACUUGCAGUGGUGGCAGCAUUUCUUCUGUCAGCUGUGGGGCGUGCAGGGGGGAGAGCAUGGCUGCCCCUGUGAGCCUCCCUGGCUAUGGGGCUUGCAGCAGGGUCAGUGUCUUCAGCUGCAGGGCUCACAGCAGGGGCAGUGUGGAGAAUGCUGCUGGGAUCAUCAUGAAGUAUAGGGCUCACAGCAGGGGCAGUGUGGAGAACGCUGCUGGGAUCAUCAUGCAGCUCACAGUGGGGGCAGUGUCGGGGAAUGCUGCCCCUACUGCAAACCCCACAUGAAGAUUGCAAAGGCAUUCUUUUUGCUGCUGCUGCUGUGAGCGCUGCACCAAUGUGGGUUAUAUAGGGUUCACUGUGGGGGCAGUGCAGGAAACACUGCCCCUGCUGUAAGCUACACUGAGCCCCAUCAACUGCAGGACUCACAGCCAUGGAAGAUGAUGCAGGGGGGACCUGGGAUUGUGAUGGCAUGGCUGGAGGCACGAUUGUGUAGUUUGCACAUUAGAUCCCAUUGCACUUUUACUGGCACAUGUAGAGGGACUCUGAGUGACCAUCUUCUCUAUCACUGGUGGUCAGAGAAUGUAUUUGUGGCAUCUACAACAGCUGUUUAUAUAGGAAUAUGCUAUUAGGAAAGCAUUCAAGUAACCAAGCUGAAGAAGAGCCAGAAACAUGAUCACCAGUGACUACUUCACAGGUCACCUUUAUUCCAAAGGCCAGCUGGAAAAAUUGGCGUAAAAUAUAGCAGUGGAAUAUUUAUUGAAUCCUGUGCGCACAAAUCCAUGUUCUGCAAGGAUUAAAAGAACAUCUAUCUAUGCAUGACAAAACCAAUGAUAUACAACCCUUUCAGUAUUGUCAGGUGCAUAUAAAAAAACCGUGGAAAUGAUGAUGUCACACACCUGUCAUGGGUAAUUCACUGUUUUAAUUUAAAAUGGAAUGAAUCUGUCUUGUAUCAGCUCUUUAACAGAAUAAAUAAUUCAGUAAGAAUGUUACAAUUGUAGCAUCUUUCUUCCUGCUUAGGAAUACACACCUUUAGUGUUCUACGUUUUGAGGAAUGAGGAGGAUGAUUUAAUGGGGAUGGCAUAGGCCUUGGGAGACCAGGGUUCGUCUGUUCCUGGUUCUGUCACCCUUUUCAUAUAAUCACAAAAAAGCCACUUACCCCUCUCUGGGUCUUCAGUGUCCUUCUCUGGAAAAGAUGUUUGAUGAGGGUAUAUUUUUAAAGCACGUUUUACACUUGUAUAGAAAGUGAUAUGUACAUACACAGCAGGUUUAAUUUUAAAGGAGGUAUUUAGCUGUGAGACUCCAUCAGUAUUGAUGGCUUUGGAUUAACUACAUCACUGUGCAAUACUUAAAGAUGCAUGCCAUCACUCAAACUCAGCCCACAAUGAUCCUGUGAAUGUAGCAUUUUGCUUCUUGAAAAUCUGAGACAUUUGAGCAUAGCAAAAAAGUAUCCUAAUCUUCAGAAUCUAUAGGUUGUAAAUCUAUGUUCAGGGAUGUGAAGAAGGAUAAAGCAAAGAAUAUGGGGUGUGUCUACAAAUGCAUUUUAAUGCGUGUUAGCCUAUUUUAAUGCACAUUAAAGCAUCACUAAAAAGUGUGCUAUUUAGUGAAUGUACAUCAAAAUAGGCUAAUACACAUUAAGCAUCAAUUAAAAACUGUGGGCAUCUAUAGAGAUGUGCUCUGGGGGUGGGGAGGA